AUGCCUCGAGGAUUCCUGGUGAAAAGACACCGGAGAGGUUCGGCGUCGUACCGGGCACGAAGUACCAGCAACAACAAACCUGAGUCAUACGACGGUGACCGGAGCAUCCCUGACGGCUCUGAAGCUGCACCACCGGAGAACCAUGUGCUGAGUGUCCUCCCGCUUCAGCGGCCAGAUGGAGAGUUCCCGGUGACCCGCGAGGACCCCGUCGGUGUGAGGGAGGCGUGGAGCCCGCACGUGGAGUCCGCGUUGGAGGCGGAGGCGGACCGGCGCGCGCAGUUACCGGAGACCGAGGAGCAGGUGAGCGUGGUUCUGAGUCCUGACGGUGACUUUUCCUGCUUCUUCCCACCUCCACCUCCACCCGACCUGACGUUAACUGAGUCCUGCAGCCCCGUUAAACCGGUCGGCACGAGACUCCUGGAGCAGCACGAAGGAGGAGAAAAACAGCCGCUGUUCACGAGCAGGUGCCUAACAUCAUCCCCGGUACCGGAGCUACCGGACCUGCCGUUCCUGGUGAGCUCCACGCCGACCUCAGUGUCCGCUUCUAUCGAGAGGCUCCUGGCGAGCAGCAGCCGCCACCACGCGCCGUCCUACGACAAAUAUGACCCGAAUAUGGCUCACGUGCACUUGUUCCCGCCGCUGACUCUGAUGAACCAGGAGCACGCGGCAAGAAAGCGCUCCUUCCUCGAGCCCGACCAGCGCUUGAACAACAGCAGACACAGCAAACAGUCGAACCCGGCGAAGAAGCCCAAAGUGAACCGGAGGCUGACCUUCGAGGAUGAGGUCACCACCUCUCCGGUUCUGGGUCUGCGGAUCAAGAAGGAGAGUCCGGAGCUGCGGAGGCAGCGGGAGAAACCGUCUGCUCCCACCGGGAAUCAGCCGCUGGGGGAGUUCAUCUGUCAGCUGUGUAAGGAGGAGUACCCCGACCCGUUUUCUCUCGCGCAGCACAAGUGCUCCCGCAUAGUGCGCGUGGAGUACCGCUGUCCCGAGUGCGACAAAGUCUUCAGCUGUCCUGCCAAUCUGGCCUCUCACCGCCGCUGGCACAAACCCCGUCCGGUGAACAACAACCAAACCGGAGAGACUCCCACAAACAAGAGCCAGCCGUUAAAAGAGGCGCGAGGGCUCGUUCAGCACGAGAGGUCGCCGGUGGAGAUGGAAGGCAAAGAGAACGAGCUGCUGCGCGUGAAUCAGCAGCGUGGAGCGCUGGACAGCUCCAUCAGGCGCGAGCCCUCCCUGCUGCUGCUCCACAGCCGGUCUCGUGACAGUCCCGACAGUCUCGCGCCUCCUCAUUACGACUCCUCCGCUCAUUACCGGAGCCCGGUAGACAGCUGCCUGGACCUGCAGCAGCAGGUGAGAGCGGCGGACAGUCCGCCGUCCAGCCUGCUCAUGCUCAACGGUAACCCGGACGAGCGCGCGGACCUACCGCCGCCGUCUCUCCCGCACCCGCCUUUACCGUUUGUGCAGUCGUUACCGGAGGAUGAAGUGUACGAGUGCCGCUACUGCGGGAAGAAAUUCCGACGUCAGGCUUACCUGAAGAAACACCUGGCCGCGCACGAGAUGACAGCGCGGGCGUCUCCGCCACCGUCACCUUACGGCCAUACGCGCGAGCCCAGCGGCGGACAGAGCCAGGUGUUCCUGUGUCACCUGUGCGGCGCGCGCUUCCCAUCUGUUGAAAUCAGGGACAAACACCGUCUGUGGCACGCGAUGCGGGACGAGUUGCUGGCGGGAGGAGCACGCGGGGCGGACGGUUUCCACGCGCACAGAGAAGAGAGCGUUGGCGGGGAACGCGAGCAGCAGCAGAUCUUCACGUGCAAGCACUGUCCCUCCACGUUCUUCAGCUCCCCGGGGCUCACGAGACACAUCAACAAGUCUCAUCCCACCGAGAACCGGCAGGUGAUGCUGCUGCAGAUGACCGUGCGACCAUGAAACGAGCAGAUGUGUUAAGAAAAGACAAGCGUUUAUGUGAAAAAUAAUCCGUGAUCAUCAUGACGGCACAAACCACCCGUGACUGUUAUUCUACUCUGAAGUACACAUUAAUGUCAGCUGUGUUCGGCUGUAACCUCAGAAUAAGUGUCACAUUAUCACUCUGCCUUGAAUUUAAAGGUCCAUACACAUCCACAGAUAAUAUACUGACAAAAAAAUGCAAAUGCUGUCGAUGGUCAUAAAACUGGAAAACAAAUGUAAACAAAACUUUGCCAAGUAUUGAUGAAACUAAACAAUUAAAUGUAACUGUCCAUGGUGCUGAAACUGACUACGGACCGGUACAGCCUCUGUCUGUGGUACUGAAACUGUGUCUGCAAACAGUCUUCUCUAACUGUAUUUUAAACAACUAAUAAUUCCACACUUAGUGGAACUAACCUGUUUUUUGAGGGGAUAAAUGAAAUUUUCAUUCCUGGACAGAUCUCAUUAUUAAUUCAACAGACUAACUGCAGGGUUAUUGUACUCGAGAAAAUAUGUAAACUGGAGGCAUGUUAAAAUGAGCCUUUUCUCUUUUCAGCUUUUCUCACAUCUACCCCCAGCAUUACUGAUUUGGCAUUAAAAUACAAUAACUCCACAAGUUAGAGUCUGUAUAAAACGACCAAACAUGCCCCCAACCAAAGGUCAUUUUGCUUAAACAAUUAGAGGAAAUAACAUUGCAUAUAUCAAAACCAUGAUUGACAGAUCUCUCUACAUUACUGUGGCAAAGUAAUCAGAUUACACUAAAGCUCAGGAGGAGUCUAGUGUGUUGCAUUACUGGCUGGUGUAAUGUUUAAAGCAGAGCCAGAUCAUAACCUGCAAUCUCAUUUAGAAAGUGACCUUGCUUAACCUGAAAACUGGAGUGGAAUCAUUGUUCUGUUUCAAAAACUAUUUCAUGUACAGUGAAAAAUAAAAUUAAAAAGAAAAAAAAAAUAGAACACAAUCAGACCAUAAUAUGCCUUUUAUAGUCAAUGUGCCAGUUAACUUCUCAGCUAUAAAAUAUUUUCAUACAGAAAUGAAACAUUUAAUGUUACUGCUUGUUAAAUAAAAACGUCAUUUUGUCUUUAUUGAUUCUAGAUUACCGUUGAGAUAUUUGCUAAAUGCCUUUAUGAUGCUAAAAUGUAUUUGUGAUUCUAUGAAGCCUGUACAGUCAUAUUUUGAUAUGGUUGAAUGUGAAACUGACUAAAUUAUUGUCAAUAAAUGUUAAUACAGUACAAUCAAUAAGCAGUAAU